AAUUUGGUGUUCGCAAAUAUUUUCCUUUCACUUUAAAUUGCGAGUAACCUUAUUAUUAAGGAUGAAAGAGUCCGUCUAUAAUGUUUUAUCAUCACUCGUUGUUAUUGAGGUAAUAAUCUCCAUCAUUGCGGCCUACAGAUUACACAUGGAGAGUAAAAGUGCCAAUGGUCGUGCAGUCCUAAGAAACAGCACUGAGCAAGAGGAAAACCAUAUCAAAUUAUUCCGGAGAUCUGUUCAUGAUCCUUACCAGGCUUGCUUCAGACAAUUCUUUGUGAAUAACCAACCUCCAGCAGGUCUCCGAAAAAAUCUGAACAGCAUAAGAUACAUCUGCCAACAAAUAGCAGGUAGUCAAGAUGUCUUUUACGCCACAAUGUUCGAUGAAAAUCAGGGAAUUGCAGUGUAUGCCGGGUACAAGUUGGAUCAAGGAACAAUUAACUUUGGUCAGGCGCCAGGGGGAACAAGAGGAUGGAAGAGAGAACCAGGUAUACUGAGGCAAGGCAGCGACAACAUUUACCAGAAUCAACCGUUUCAAAAGGGUCACUUAGUCCCAGCAGAAACUUACUCGAGCUCUGAAGAGCGCUUAUGCUCAACCUACAGACACACAAACGCCGUUCCACAAGUAGGAGCUUUUAACGGCGGUCAGUGGUCCCAAUAUGAAAGGAAAAUACGAAUUUAUGCCCAAAACACCUGUGUGCAGAACAAUAGAGUGCUCUUUCUGUUAACUGGCACUUCUUUCGUUCAGGUUCAGAACAACCAAUUGCAAGUAACACUACUACAACCUAACCAACUAGGUCCAGUCCAAAAUUACCCAUCAAUUACUAUCCCCAUUUCGAUGUGGACCGCUGGUUGUUGCGUGGCUCCAAAUGGCCAGGCAGAGAGUUUUGCGGUGAUUGGAAAUAACGAUGCAAACCAGCUGCCCUUCAUAAGUCAGAUAAGCCUUGCCCAGCUUCAAAACAUCCUCACAACCGAUGUCACCCGAAGUGGCUUAGGUGGACCUGAAGUGAAUCUGUUUCCAGGACUUGCAAACUGCGUGAAUAACAAUGCUGCACAGCUUCCUCAAGCAGCAGCGGGUGGAUAGAACAAAAAAAGAAAGUCAUUUAAGAGUACGGCUAUCGAUCGUGGUGAAAUAAAUUAUUAUAAAGCA